CUACAAUAAUAAUAUAAACAGAUUAUCAACUAAAUAGUUUGCUUUUUUUUUUACACUAAAAUAGGAAAUAAGAGAGAAAAAAAAAUAUUUUGUUUUUCUAUUUAUUUUAAUGACAAGCCAACAACACCUUCAAGAAGAACACCAACAGCAACAACAUGUUCAACCUCCGCUGCCUCCACAUCAUCAAGUUUAUCAACAAUUAAAUACGACAGUGUCUACAUCUACCGCACAACCCAUGUUUGAUUUAGGAAAGUUUUGGUUAGACGAAAUGCAAAAAGCGGAAGCUUAUAAUUCUGAUUUCAAAAACCACGCUUUACCAUUAGCUCGCAUUAAAAAAGUUAUGAAAACGGAUCAAGAAGUCAAGAUGAUUAGUGCAGAAGCUCCUAUUUUAUUUGCUAAAGGUUGUGAAAUAUUCAUCACUGAGCUAACUAAAAGAGCAUGGGUUCAUGCUGAAGAGAAUAAAAGACGUACGUUACAAAGAUCAGAUAUCGCAACCGCCAUUGCAAAAACGGAUAUGUGUGAUUUUUUAAUUGAUAUUGUGCCAAGGGAAGAAGCACAAAAAACAAGCCAUGCUAUUUAUGAUCAAACUACAGCUUAUGCAGCAGGUGCUGGUAAUCCCAGUGCUACUGCUACUGCUGCUGCUGCUGCCACUUCCUAUUAUCAAUCUCAGUAUACGAAUCCUGUCGUACCACAAUCUCAUCCUGCUGGACAAAUGAAUCCUCAAACUUAUUACUCUGCAUUACCUCAUCAAUUUACUAACGAUCAAGUUCAACAAUAUCAAAUGCAUCUGCAACAAUUUGCUCAACAACAGCCUUCUCAACAAGCUACCACAACUCAACAACCUUCGCCACAAAUGCAUAUUAAAUAUGAAACAGAUCAAACAAAAUCUGGUUCGAAUCAACCUUAGUUUCACUUUAAUAUUUGCUUUUAACAUAAAACAUAUAGAAAACAGAAUAAUAUAUUACUCGUAAUAAUUGAUAAUAAAAAUGGAAUGAAUUCCAAUUAUAAAAUUCGC